UUCUCUCGCCACCCCUCCUCCCCCCAAUGUGGAGCGGAAUAGGCUCGUGCUCGUCGCGCCAGUCUUUGUGUGGGAGCGCGCGGGCGCCACACACGGGGAAGGAGGGGGCGCCGGGCAGAGUGAGUCGGACGGGCGUGAUGCAGACGAUGGCUUUCUGGAUACCAUGAUCAGCAGAGGAUUUAAUAUCAUAUAUAUCCAGAUAUGUCCUGAUCUCUCAUAACUCAUUUCAAUGUGAGCAUGGAAGAAUAACCCAGCUAGAGGCUGCUUUUCAAGUCUUAUCCUCUCCAAGCCACAAUAGGAUCAUAUCUAGGCAGUGUGGGGGUGGCAGAGGCUGUUGGUGCUGUGGAUUUUCCUCCACAUUCUUUGCCCAGAGUGAGGGUCUCUGUUUCUGACAAUGAUGAAAACUGAAGGCAAAGGGGAAAGGACUCUGAGAAGCGCUUCUCCACACAGAAAUACUUAUAAAUCCGAUUUCCAUGCCAUCAAAUGCUCCUUUGAUGGGGUAAACAUCCCUGAAAAUGCUUCCAACAAAGUGGGCCCCCAGCAGAAGCUGAACACCACCUCCAGUGGAGGGGGGAAUGACCCACAUAGCCGAGGCAGAGCUGCCACCUAUGGCAACAGAGUACACAAGAUCAAAAACAUGUUCCUGCAGAUGGGGGGCUCCUCUGCCACACCACCCUGUGAAAGCAGCUCCCCCACUGAAGCCAAGAUCAUCAGUAGGGCAGUACCAACUGAUCUUGUACCUUCUCCCAGCAGUCCAUCUUUCCACAGUGUCCAAAAAAAUAACCUCCUUAAUACCAGCCCCUGCUGCAGCCCCCUGGACUCACUGCCUGGGUCUUCCAUGGGUGACAAAAUCAUCCGCAGCAAAGAUGAAGGUGAUUUGGAUAAAGCUGCCUUGGCAGAAAAGUUUUCUGAGACCAGGAAACUUUUUGAGAGGAACAUAAAGCAGCGGAGCUCAGUGGACAGAUAUUCUCCCAGCAAAUGUGAAAGAAGUGAAGAUAAGACGAGACAUGGUUCAGCCUCUCCUGACUGCAGCAGUGUGGUGGAUCAUUUUAAUUUCAAUAUAGAUGUGAUCCCUCAUAUGGCCCUGGAAAGAGCUGAAAGUCAAGGCAAUGAUGAGCACAGGCAGCAGCAUCUCAGUGGUGGCCCAAGAUCCUCCUCUUUGAAUGCAGGACCAAUUUCUAGGCGGCUGGAAAGUUUUCUUGGUGACAGUGACACUGAAGAAUCCAAAGAAAUUUCCAAAAGUGAGGGUACCCCAAGUCAAGGGUAUAUGCUCCCCUGUAGCUGGGAGUCACCUGCUGCUAUUCAAGGAUGCACAGAGGAGAGUCCAUGCCCCAAAGAGCCUGUUUGUCUCAGUAGCAGCAGCAGGGUUGAGCUGAGUCGGUCACCUGAAGAAGUGCAUACAAGGGAGCAAGUGGCUCCUGGGAGGGGCCAGCAGGAUGUGAACAACACAUCUGAUAAGGAGGCCAAGUGGUUAGGGGACAGUGCCCCCCCACAGAUCUCCCAGGUAGAGAUGGUUCGGGCUGAACUGGUUGCGGUGCAAAAAGAAACCUCAGGGAAUAAAGAAGAUAGUGUCUUUCAUGGGGAACAACCACUCAGGCACCAAACUGGGGAAGAGAACAAUCAUUCAUUUGGAGGACUGGAAGAGGUAACAGUAUGCAGUGAGCCCAGUCAGAAAGAAAUAAGAGAGGGAGUGUCUCUGAAGGAGGUUCUUAUCACACAGGUGCCGGACAAUCUAGAACAGGAGGGAGACACUGAAGAGGAGGAGGAGGAGCAUGUGGUGGAAAAUCAGAGAGAGAAGUUCAUUGCAUUUUCUGUCAGUGCUUUUGGAAUAGAGAAUGCAGGUUUUGAUGAUGACCGGGAUACAGAGUCUGAAAACCAGGGCCCUGAAGGUAAAGAAACAUUGGAGGGGGAAGAGGAGUAUACCUAUGACAGUGAUUAUGAGGAGUUUCCUGGGCUAUCUGAAGAGGAAGAUCCUGAGCCGGACAGAAGAGUCAAGUUUUCAACUGCCCCUAUCAAGGUUUUCAGCACUUACUCAAAUGAAGUUUAUGAUAGACGUAAUGAAGAGGUUGACCCUGUGGCAGCAUCAGCAGAGUAUGAACUAGAGAAGAGGGUGGAAAAAAUGGAAGUGUUUCCUGUGGAAAUUGAAAAAGGUGACAGUGGCCUAGGCAUUAGUAUUAUUGGAAUGGGUGUUGGUGCAGAUCAGGGACUGGAAAAACUGGGAAUUUUUGUAAAAACAAUAACUGAAGGUGGAGCUGCUCAAAGAGAUGGACGAAUCCAAGUAAAUGAUCAGAUUGUUGAGGUUGAUGGUAUAAGUUUAGUAGGAGUAACUCAGCUUUUUGCAGCCACUGUGCUAAAAAACACCAAAGGCAGUGUGAGGUUUCUAAUUGGAAGAGAGAAACCUGGGACUCAGAGUGAAGUAGCUCGUCUUAUCAGUGAGACAUUAGAGCAAGAGAGAUGCCUAUAUGAGCAGCACUAUGCCAAUGAUGAUACAGAACAGGAUGAUGAUUAUGAUGAUGAUGAUGAUGAUGCUUUUGAGUCACAUUUACAUGGAAAGUCUGUGGAAGUCUUUUAUCUUCCUGAAAAUGAAAAUGAAGAUAUGAAUUUGCCACUGGAUAUGGAUUCAGCACAGUUUCUUCUUAAAUUUAAAGAGCUACAAUUAAAGCAUGCAGUAACAACAGCUGAAGUUAACCAACUAAAAGAGAGAUUAAAAACUACUGAAGCUGAAAAAGUUGAAUGGGAGUCAAGUAAAUCCCAGCUUCAGCAAACUUUAGAAGAGAGCAAAGAGAAAAUUAAGAAGUUGGAGACCUAUUGGUUAGAGGCACAAAGUUUAUGCAAGACUGUAAAUGAACAUCUUAAAGAAACCCAGGAACAGUAUGAUGCCCUGGAGAAGAAAUACAACAAGGCCAAGAAAUUACUUAAAGAUUAUCAACAGAAAGAAAUAGAAUUUAUGAAAAAAGAAGAGGAUCAUACAAGGGUUCUUGAAGAGAGAGACAAGAAACAUGCAGCGCAACUGCACAUAUUCCAAGAGGAGAUUUCAGAGCUUCAGAACAAAUUAAAAAUAUAUGAGCGAAUACCUUGUAUGAUUAGCAGUAGCAUUUUGCUGGACACUGCCUCUCAAAGUCCAGAAAAACUAAAUGAAUGCUCAGAGAUUAAAGAAGAAAAUACAAAAGAAAUAGACUCAUCAGCAGUGGAAAAAUUAGUUUCUUCAGAUACUGACUUUGAUACUUUUAUGGGGGAUACUCCAAGAUUAGAUACUAGUGCCCAUAAAGCAAAAGCUCAGCUUGCUCUGAAAGUAAAACGUCAGCCACCUUCUCGAUCAAAGCUAAAAGAAUCUCUUGGAACUGGACAGCAGAAAUCCGUUCUACAGGAUGAGGAUACAGAGGAUGCUAUCCCCAAUAGAGAAAUUGGUACAGCAUGUCAAGUCAAGUCUUUAGAAGUAACAGAAAAGCUAACUUUAUCCCAGUUGAACAAUGCAGAUCAAAGGAUUGAAAAGUUUGAACCAGUGGAAAGCACAGAGAGUUUGUUAGAGUCAAGUCCUUCUGUUUCCACUCACUCUUCUCCAAUACACAAACCAAACAAUGAAAACAACACGAGUACUACUCACUCUCCUCCUAGCGAUGAUGUAACUCCCAGUUCUCCUCAAGCAUAUUCCAAGAAUGUCAAGCACAGAGAAUCAAAAGGGAAAGGAAGAGAGGCUAAAGAUGACAAGAGAAAUGAAGACAAGACAGGAGAAACAAAUGAUGUUGCGUCAUCAGGAAAGGCCAAAAGGAGAUUUCCAGAUUUUGGAGGUUUACGGAAAUCUGGUGGUAAAGGCAAGAAACAAGAGAAGGAAAAUCCAAGGAGCUCUCUGGAUAGCCGAGGCUCCCGAGAGUUAUUGGAAGACUCUGGCAACAAUCAAUCUGCAUCAGAUUCAGACUCUCCUGUUCCUACUUGCAUACCUUUCUCUUGGUUUGGGGACAGUCACAAAGAGCCUCAGGUUUCCAGUAGCAGCCUAACCUUUUCUCAGAGUGGACAGGCCACUGUAUUCGAACAGGGUCAAGAGAAAAACAGAAGCAAGAGUAGAAUUGUCAUAGAUGAUUCAUACCAUAGCAGGCCAAGUUGUGAUCUGUCAGGGUUAGUGACCGAACCAAAUCUGUCAGGGCGUUCACACACUUUAACCUUCUCUUCAAAUGAGGCACUAGAUGAUGAUUGUGCAGCAACAGGAAAACAAAAUCAGUGGCACAGUAGACCAAUUUCAGAGUGGACAACCCAACAGGUAUGCCAUUGGUUGAUGGGGAUGAACAUGGAGCAAUAUAUUGCAGAGUUUACCGCCAAGAAUAUAGAUGGACAGCAAUUAAUGCUGCUUGACAGUGAUAAGCUAAAGGCUCUGGGGGUUUCCAGCCAAAAUGACCGAUCCACAAUAAAGAAGAAAAUUAAGGAUAUUAAAAAAACACAAGAAAAACUGGAAAAACAGAAAGAAAAAGGUCAAAAGAAGGAAAGAGAAGUUCGCAAGACUGGCAGAGUGGUAGCUGCUGUAGAAUCAAGCUGUUAAAAUGAUUUAGUUUUAUUUUAGCACAGACUUACUUCAACUUGAAGAAGUGCAACAAAAUUGUAUAUAAUUGUACAAUUGGGGAGGUAAAGUGCAACAGUUUAACAUGGUAGGUUAUUUACUUUAAUUUCUGUAUUCCCUCCCCAUUACAUGUUCCAUUAAAAUGAAAUAAUGUUUUCAGUAUUUUUAUAUCUAGUUGACUCUGCCUGUACUAAUAGACCAUUUAACUUUCUGCCUUAAAUACUGUGCGUGCUUUUAUGACUGAUAUGUAAAAACACCAUAUCCCUGAAAUAUCCAUUGAAACUUAUAUGUUUGUGGAAAGUGGGAUGUGACGUUGGGGGGGGAGGGGGAAGGUAUUCAUUCAAAUAUUAGUCAACUCUUACAGUUGACUUAAACUAUAAAUAUUGGGUUUAAUCUGAUAUAUAUGGACAAUAGAAAAUCCUGCCAUCAAGUUCAGUGUGACACUGUUUAUCUGUUGCCACUAAUGUUGUAUAGUGAAAAAAUUAAGUUUAAGAAAACAGCAAUGUCAAAUUUAUUUAAAAAACAAAGCCUGUAUUUCAAAUUUAUUGAAUUGUUUUCUUUAAAAUCUUGUUUUCCCAGUGGUCCAUUUUUAAUUCAAAAUUUACUGUAGUAAUGCUGAUUUUUGAAUUUCAUUUGUUGCAAUUUACUGAAAAUAGUAUGUAAGUAGUUUUCACAGACUACUUACGCCAAGCAUAACACUAAAUUCUCUCUGUAGCUACACUAUGGGAUGUUGGAACAGGGUGUAAACAUAAAUAAAAGAUCAUUUUUUACAUAUUUUUCCUAAAUAAUAUAGUUUUAUAGUUUUAUGCUAUGAAUAAGAUCCAUUUGCAAUGAGUAUUUCUCUUUUUUCUACUCACUAGAAGAUUUUUGGGGACCAAAUUUAUAUAUUUGCUAAUUUUAAACAAUACUGUUUUUCCAUACUUAAAAUACAGAGAUGAGAAUUGUAGAAAAAAUUUAAUCAAUGAAGCACUGGGUUUCUGCAUUGUAUUUAAUUGUUAAAUUGUAGACUAUUAUAGACUUUCUUUUUAAAGGAGGAUUUGAUUCUUGGAAUAGUUUAGAACAUGAUUUGAUGUGUGUUCUUGUGUAAUAGCUUGUAGAAAUAUUACAGAAGCACUUCCUUAGAUUUUUUUUUUCCCCCAGAAAAAUAAUGGAAUAAAAAUGUUAAUUCCAUCCUGGAGUGGAAUAGAAAAUUACAAGAUCUUGGAAUUCUGAAUUGCUAGUUUAAAUAUUGCAAUGAUGUGGACCAAGUUCUCCUUUAAAUAUAUGAAUUAAUGUUUUUCAUUUUUAAUUAAAUGAUCCUUUCACUUCUGACAUUUCUUAAGUGUUUAAAAUAUGGAAGAUUUCUCUGGAAUUCAGAAGAGGAAAAGGACUUUGUGGAAAUGCACAUUCACUCUACUAAUUUUCAAAUAAAAUUUAAAGUUCAUAUUUCUA